CAAAUUUGAAACGUGUAAUGAAAAACCGCCUGUAUGAUUUCAACCGAUGUGGAAAACGAACUUAGAAGAUAUACGUGAAUUAUUGCCCUCCUUCGAGUUGUUGUUACUAAUUUCACAACAUUUGGAAUAUAAUAUGGAUUUGAGCUCGCUCAAGUAUGCAGAUUUGCAGAAACUGGCUAAAGAUGUUGGUCUCAAAGCAAAUAUGAAGGCUGAUAAAUUGUUGAAAGCGCUGAACCGAUAUUAUCAAGAACAGGAAUAUCAUGUAGAAUGUGGAAAUACACUUAGUGCCGAUAAUUCUCAGCUUGACGAGCCAAGCGAUGUUCCGCCGUCCACUGACAGCGGUGCGUUCGUCACGAAGCAUCGUGGCAGAGGCAAAAAAUCUAAGAAUAAGCAAGCAAAUGAAAAAGACGAUGGAGCUGAAAGUGCCUUGAUCUUGGCAGGAAAUCUGGAUCAGAUGGAUGAAAAAAUGGAUGAACCGAGCUUCAAGAAGAGGAGGCUUUCUGAAGUGCAGCCUGAAAUACCUACAACUGCUACAGUAUCAGUGGGGGAAAGAGACAUGCAGUCUGAAACUGCUUCUGCAAAGAAUGGCUUAGAAGCUGGGAAAGGGGAAGGUAAAAACGUGAGACCUGGUAAAAUCCCACGCCACGAAGGACUCCUGAAGAAACAAUGCAGACCUGCACUCAAGCCGACCACACCUAACUUCAAGAAACUCCAUGAAGCACAUUUUAACAAGAUGGAAUCCAUUGACUCCUAUGUCCAAAGAAAAGCCAAGCAAAUAGAGGUAUAUAAGACUUCUGUAAAGGAAUUAAAGAUGAUCUCUGAGAAGACUAUUCCAAAAUCAGCAGAUAAAGGAAUUAUGAAACCAGCAGCAACCCGUGUUUCCCUGUUCAGUCCAGUGCCUAAGGGGAAAAGACCUAAGUCUGAAACCCGCCGGCUUACUCAGCCUUCUGCGAGAAAGCCUGCCCCGAAGGAUAAUGGCGUCUUCGUACCCACUGUCAUGUCCGCACGAAAGAUCAGUGUCAGAUUUUCACAGACGACCCUGGACAACGAGCAUAAGCGUUCCUUGGUGAAGACGCCAGCACGCAUGUCUCCGUUUGGGGACUCUAAUUUGACUCCUCGGCCUGUUUCACGGAUAAAGCCUGAAACGAAGCCUGCACUGAAUACCAGCAUUAUCAAGACGCCAGGGACUGCUUUUGUUUUUACUGGAAAUACAAGCACUUCCACUACUCCUGGCACGAAUAAGAAGAAUACAUUUGAUCUGAAGGCUAGUCUCUCCCGGCCCCUUUCCUAUGAACCACACAAAGGAAAGCUGAAGCCAUUUGGGAUGACUCAGGAGAACACAGCCCUAAACAGGUCUCAGUCAACUCAGUCACAUCAGAAGAAGUAUAAGCAGCACCAGGUACAAACAAGGGAGGACCGUCGCACAAAACAAAUGGAGGACAGGAAGCAGAAGAAGGAGAAAGUCCUUGGUGCAAGGAGAGGCCUUGUCUUGACCUAGGAGUCUCAAUUCCAAGAAGUUUCUUUGUAUAUGUACCACAUAUGACUUUGUGUAGAUUUGUUUAUGUAUCCUUUGCACCUGUUACUUUUUUAUCGUAGUUGCAUAGUUUUUAUAAGCCAAGUCAAUUUGCAAUUGCAUGUUUAUUUGUGCAUCUCUGCACAAAAUGUUCUUUGCUGUAUUUUAUAUCAACUGUAACAGAGGUUAAAACCACAUCGGUUCGUUGUACUCUCAUGUCUAAAGCCAGCCAAUUCAGUGUCUUAAACCUCUGGGUUCCUUUUGUACAAUUCAUAGGCAAAGUCCUCUGUGUGGGCUCGGUCAUUGCAAACGCCAAUGAAAUCAAUUUCCAGUUGAAAUGGGCCAUCUGCUUUAUCAGCCAGGGUGAAUGCAAUUGUGUUCACCUAAGAAAGCAAAAAAAAAGAGAAGAAAUAAAAAUGAAGAAAGAUGGAUAACGCAAACAUAUUGUACUCUCUGUACUUCAUUAAUAAAAUUCUUGUUCUAAUUUAA